UUUUUGCGUCACUUCCAGUACCACCACCUCCUUUGUCUCUACUCCAGGUUUCGGGAGCAAGGCUGGUUAUUUAUUUAUUUCCUUUUUAUUUGUAGGAUAUAUUUCCAUAUAUAUCCAUUACUUUUUCAUUUAUUGAAUGACAGUCGACUCUGAAAUUUUUAUGCCUAAAAGCAAAGCGCCAAAAAUGGAUGAUCUGGACUACAUCCCAGUAGACCUGAGCCCAGAGGAGCGCUCUGAGUUGGAGGACAUCCGUCGAAGGAAGGGCGCUCUGCUCCAGGAGAUCCAGAGGCUUAGAGAUGAGCUCCGGGAAGCCAUCAUAGAGGUGGAGGGACUGGAGACCAGUACAGAGGGCAGCAAAACUCUGCAGAAGAACCGACAUGUGGCCAUGGGAAGGAAGAAGUUUAACAUGGACCCCAAAAAGGGUAUUGUGUUCCUGGUGGAGAAUGAGCUGCUCAGACACACUCCAGAGGACGUUGCCCAGUUCCUCUACAAAGGAGAGGGCCUCAACAAGACUGCCAUUGGAGACUACCUGGGAGAAAGGGAGGAAUUCAAUCUGAAGGUUCUGCAGGCGUUUGUAGACCUGCAUGAGUUCACUGAUCUCAACCUGGUCCAGGCUCUUAGGCAGUUCCUGUGGAGUUUCCGUCUGCCUGGCGAGGCUCAAAAGAUCGACAGGAUGAUGGAGGCGUUUGCCCAGAGAUACUGUCACUGUAACCCUGGAGUGUUCCAGAGCACUGACACAUGCUACGUGCUGUCUUUUGCCAUCAUCAUGCUGAACACCAGCCUCCACAACCCCAACGUUAGAGACAAGCCUGGAUUUGACCGCUUCAUCUCCAUGAACCGAGGCAUCAACGAUGGGGGAGACCUGCCAGAGGACCUGCUCAGGAAUCUCUAUGACAGCAUCAAGAACGAGCCUUUCAAGAUCCCCGAGGACGAUGGGAACGACCUGACGCACACCUUCUUCAACCCCGACAGAGAAGGCUGGCUCCUCAAACUGGGAGGACGUGUGAAAACCUGGAAGAGAAGAUGGUUCAUUCUCACAGACAACUGCCUCUACUACUUUGAAUAUACCACAGAUAAGGAGCCCAGAGGCAUCAUUCCCCUGGAGAACCUGAGCAUCCGUGAAGUUGAGGACCCCCGGAAACCUAACUGCUUUGAGCUGUACAUCCCCAACAACCGCGGUCAGCUGAUCAAGGCCUGUAAGACGGAGGCUGACGGCAGAGUGGUGGAGGGGAACCACAAUGUGUACCGCAUCUCUGCCCCCACACCUGAGGAGAAGGACGAAUGGAUCCACCACAUCAACUCUGCCGUCAGCGUGGACCCAUUCUACGAGAUGCUGGCUGCCAGGAAGAAACGCAUAUCCCUAAAGAAGAAAGAAGAACAACCGUAGAUCAUUCCGUUCUUCGUACCCACCCUCCUCCUCCCUCCCUCACUCCUCGCCGUCCCUCCUUUUCUCCUCUUCCCAUCCUCUUCAUCUCUCAUUCCAACACGUCCCUGCCUCCUUUCCAGAUUCCUUCCUUCCCGUCCUCUGUCUGAUGUGAGGAGGACAUGUUGCUGUAUGGUUGAGGUGUCCGUUCAACCUUCCAGUGCGACUGGGGUUGCUGUGAUCUGUACUCCGCUACGCUGUUACAUGUCCACUUGAACCCUGCAUAUACACUUACUGCACUCACUCUAAACACCCUUGUUGUCACUACACCUUCUCCCUUGAUCUGUUCUCCGACAUUGAAGUGAACUGUGAAGUCAACAUGUGUUUUAUUCAGGGUAGCGAGCAGGCCACCGAACCCCAAAGCACCCUCUUCCAUCACAAACGGGCUGUGUCUCUACAGUCCCGGCCUUUUCUCUCCUUCGUCUGUACUGACCGGGAGGUGUGUUCACAGGCCUCCUGUCCCGUCCUCUUAUCAUUCACUGUAGCUGAAGGAAAGAAUGCCGGGAGGACGAGGAACCGCCGAAGGCCUGUUGAGAUGCAGCCCUGGUUUUCUACUGUGCUUUAUUCUGCCUGGCUCCAGUUUAAAAUGACUAUAUCGGUAUUAUCAAAGUCACGCUUUAAAACUGUAGCCUCUAUGAAGGAAAUUACGCUUAGCCUUAGACCAUUAACAAUUCUAUUGAUGAGACGGAGAAUGAUAAGAAUGGUCGUUCUCAUGUCAUUGUUAUUACGAUCGGCUGUUGGGGCAGCGUCCCCACAAACUGACCCGUAAAACAGCAGUCAAGCACUGAACACUAAAGAUGACAACUCUAGUCAAUGACCACUGAUUUCUGUCUCCACGGGAUUCUUUAUAUUUCCUUCCUCAUACAGACACAAACUGUUAAACCCAGGUUUAUAAUUUGAGUGGGUUUUAAGAAGCUAAAACGGCAGCUUAUUAAAAUGUAAACUUUGUUUUUGUUUGUAAAUACAUGUUAGUGUAUUUGUUUACAACACAUAGAGAUUAUUUAAUUUAUUGUUUAUUUUUGUUAUUUGUUUGGUUUUCUACGAGCUACUGUAGGACUGCACGUGAAGGUUAGUGGAAAGCUGUUUCUCUACACACACAGAUGGACCAGACUGUCGUUCCCGUUACUGUUGGCUGCAUUUGAGAAGGACUGUUAGUGUUCCGUGUUGACACAAUAUAAUCCACCAUCACAAAGCCUGUCAGAUUGUUUUGUGUAGAUCAGCCAUUAUUUGUGGUACGGAAGAGUCUGUUCUAUACAUAAUAUUUAAAUCUGUGACAAUGAUAAUGUUUCUCCGUCCUCAUAAAAUCUUGGAUAUCAAAGCUCUGAAUAGCCUGAAUGAACAAGGCUCAUUGAAGUCUCCAAACAGCCUGCAGUGGCUUUACUUUCACCACAACAACAUAAAUGGGUGAACAUUUCCUUCAUGCUACUGACACCCAUCCACGUCUGUCAAGUCAGGCAUCUUAAAGGGAUGGAAGCUAUGCAAGGUUUAUGGGAUAUCACCCUACGAUAAAUCUGCAGUGACCUCAAUCUAGUUUCACUACAAGAAUGACAUUCCUGAAGUUGAAUGAUCAACCAAUGCAGGAUAAAGUAAAUUGGAAAAGACAUGAAACAUGGAACACUAAUACGUCUUUCAAGUAUUAUGUGAUAUUUGAAAACUUUAAAUGUAUUGAUUUAAUAAUGUUAAAGAUACAUGUCUAAUGAUACAUUUUGCCUGAAUUGCUUAUUUACGUUUGUGGUUAGUCAAUGCACUGACAUUUUAGGAGACACUGUUAUUAUGAUUAUGGAAAAUGCAGAAUUAGUUAUUGUCUGCUGCACUUUAACAAUUGUAGUGUUUUAUACAGGCUUUCUGAGUGCUUUACCUGUAGAUUGCCGACACUAAUGUUCUCUAGCACCCUCCAGUGGUGGCCAGGCUGUCUUGUAACAUCCACUGGUUUCCUUGAAGGCUUUACAAAUGUCUCUUUAUAGAUUACCACUGUCUACAACCAUGGUAUAUAAUUGUGGUUGUACUCAAAAUAUUGCUAUGUUUCAAAGUUAUAGGUUUAAAAAGAAAAUGGUCUGUUAAUUGGAAUUGACUUAACUAGUCUUACUGUCUGAGAGUUCGUUGUAGACACACCGACAGCAGUGAACGAGCAGGCAUGACUGCUGUAAACUACAGAAAUUAAAGCACAGUGGACCUAUCUGGGUAUUCUUGAAGUGCGGAGUUGCCAAAACCAUUGUUGGGACAUCAUAAUGUACCAAUUAACAGAGACAAACAUCUGUAAUAAUUGACACUAAGGAAUAGGCCCCCUCAGACCCUAACACCACUGUUUUCUGGGAUAUUGUUUUAUUUAGUAUUUAUUUUUGAUUUCCAGCUAGAUAAAGAUGGUUUGGUCAUCUGUGCUAGGCAAUAUGUAGCAAAAACUAAACCACAGUAUAUUGGUGCCACACAACUGUUGUGAAACAAUAAAAAAAUAACUAAAGUU